AUGUCUUUCUUCGGCUUCGAUACCAGCGGCCGUGGGCAUAACACGGCCGCCCCAGGCUUUUCCCAACCGCAUGAUCCAUUCGCUGGCCUCUCUGGUCACCACGAUGACGGCGGCGAUGCCCUCGACUUCGAAGACACCUAUGAUGGUCUUGGAGAUCAGCUAGACGAUGCCGACGAUGCUUUCAACGACGACACGUUUGGCGGUGGCCCUGCCGAUUCUGGUUCUGGUGCCGCAAAGGUUGGCAAAGACUUUGACUUUUUUGGUCAGACGGCCAAGGUUGCCGAUGCCAUCGAGGAGGAGCAUCUUCGCUUCAACCGGUUGCAACCAGCCGCACGAGCCAAUGUUUCCCAGACCCAGGCUCAGCCCAUCGGCAUACCCUCCCAGUCGUAUGCGCAGCAGUCCUAUGAACAGCAAGCGUAUGGACAGCAGGCGUACGGGCAGCAGGCGUAUGGCCAACAGGCCUAUGAACAGCAUCCGUCUUACUAUGCCGAACCCAUAUCGACACGGCCUCAUCGGACCGGAUACGAAAAGUACAAUGAGCCCGAGCCUCUCCCCGAUCUGCAUGUCGACCAGAGCAUCUGGGGCAUUGGCCCCUCCAAGGCAGCGGCUAUCCCAAUCCCAAAGCCUUCUCCCCAGCCCGCGCUUUCGGCCAGUGUUGGAAGAAAGGUGAUGAGCCUGGAAGAAGUCGAAGCAGCCAUGCGCGCCCAAGUCAAGCCCUCGCCGCAGCCAGCAGUCUCCGAGCUUGCUUCGUACCAACAAGCCUCUGCUGGUUACCCACCUGCUCAGCAUGCAUCUCCUCACCCUCAGCACGGCCAGCCGCAACCUGUUACCAUCCUGCAGCGGCCUCAAGGCUCACAAGCAAAGGCUUCGCCUUCUCUCGCCAACAAGCUGCCCACCCCUCCUGGGCAGCAGGAGCAAUACCACAAUCUUCAGCAGCAGCCUGCACCUGCAGUUCAGCCUGUGCAGAUUCUUCAAAACCCCAAGCGUAUGUCUACCGAGGCGCGCAUUGCAGCAGCUGCUCAACAGGACGCCGCGAAGAUGGCGCAGUUGAGCGCUCAUCCUCAGUUGGCCCACAUGUCCGAGGAGGAAAAGGUUGCGUUCUUGGAUCAAGAGACCAAACGUGCCAAGCGCAACCACAAGAUCUGGUUGCUUUCCAAGGACAACGGUGUAAUGACUCCCCAAGACAAGAACUUCAUCACUCGUAUCCAGCUCCAACAGCUCGUCUCUGCCACGGGCAACCCUGUCGAGCAGGGAUCCGACGCUUCUCUCUCGGAAGACUUUUACUACCAAGUCUAUAGCCACAUUCGUGCCGGUCAACGUCAAAACCCCAGCCAGCCUCUGAGCAACUUUGCUCAAACCUAUCUCUUCCAGACUGGUGGCCGCCAUGGAAACAUGCGCCGCCACGGAAGGCCUGCGGAGAAUCAUAUCCAGCGCAUGGAGCAGCAGGUCCAGCGAGCUGUCGAGGCCGCCAAGAACAAGCCCAAGAAUCCCCAGCUCGUCAUCGCUGGUAGCUUGGGCAAGAUAUCUUUUAGCAAUGCCAAAACCCCAAAGCCCUUGCUCAACAUCAAGCGUGCAGCGGAGAACGAGCCCCAUCACAACCGAGCUGGAAGCGGAAAGAAGUCGCCUGCCAACGGCCUUGACCGCAAGACGAUUCUGCGAAAUGCCGAGCGGGUCUACGUCACCUUGAUGAAGAUCGAAGAUCACGUUCGACUCAUGCCACCUCCUAUCACGAACCAAGCCGACCAGGAGCUACAGGAGAAGCACCGAGAGUGGGCAGCGGGAUUGGAGGCUCUCAACACCCGGCUCUGGGAAGAACUCAAGGUGCACGAGCCCAUUGGGGUCGUCGUUCCUCACCCCUUUAUUGCCUUUUUGUCUUGCGCCAAAGGAAAGAAGGCUAUCCCUCGAAUCUUUCCUCAUCUGAGCUUCGAACAACGCACCACCAUCAUGACCAUGAUUGUCUACCACCUCGACCAGCUGGAUGUGGUGAAUGGUGCCGCCGUGACCAACGAUGAGCCUACUCUUAACGCGAGAAUGCGAGAGAACAUUGACCUGUUCCUGUCUACCGUCAUGCCAUCGUUGAUGCAGUACUUUAACGAUACAGGACUGGAUAUUGUGGACGGCGUCUUGAACCUGAUUGCCACCAAUCUGAACGUUGAUCACAUCGCCAAGACCAGAGUCGGCGUUUCUAUGCUCACACUAAUUCUCAGCCGUGCCGUGCUUCUCAAGCAGACUGGCGGCGGCUCUCCUGAACAGUGGGAGAAAUGGGAUCAAACGUAUGAAAUCUUCUUUAGCCGGCUCGAGAUGUCGCUGCCCUACAUGUUCCCCGGCAGCAUCAACACCGGAUCAGACGUGUACGUGUGGCAGCUCCUCGCGGCUCUUGGAGUCAGCGCCAGCAACGACCAACAGACUCGUCUGGUCCUUGCCGUCAAGGAUCGUGUCAUUGGCACCAUCUCUCUGGCAAAGACGCUCCCUCCCACAAUGGCAACGGAGCGCCUUAGCAGCGUCAACUUGUUCUUGCACUCGAUUGGCUUGGACGUGGACAUGUUGAUGGGACAGUAA